AUGCCUGCUCUUCAACUUCUUUCUACCGAGCUCGAGAACUCCGGAUGGGAAAACGAAACAUUACUGAACAAGAUUCAGACAUUGAUGAAUCAAGGAUUGGUCAUGGCAAGUCGCGGUGCACCGGACAACCGCAUAUUAUCCGUUGAAGAGCUUGCAUGGUUUGCCAAGGCCAGUUAUAGCAUUGCUUCCAGAAUAUUCAGAUCGACCAAAAUGGAGCCCGUCAUGCAUUUACUAGACAUAUCUAUCAAAGCAAGGCACAUUGUUCUAUCAGAACACUAUCUCCUCUGCGACUCCCUCAAAAUAGCCAAAAUCGCGAUAGAAGCCCGCAAAGAAAUCAGCGUCGAUGAGAAGACAAAGCACUACAGCGCUAUCCACAGAAUUGGUGCUCACUUUCGAGGGCUGUUCAAGAGCCAAACGGUCGAACACAGCACUAAUGCUCAGUACGAAAGAUGGCUUUCCCAGCACCGCACCAUUCUUGCCCUCGAUCUUGAGGCAUCUAUCUUCUUGAAAAACUGGUCCGGUGUCUGCACAAUCAUCGAGGAAGCUAGCCCAUUCUUGGACGAGAGACUCAGCUCAGUAUUUCUAGACGGUAUCCUCCGCUCUGAAGGUCACCUAAAAGCCAAAGUACAAGCCGUCAAGCUGACCAUCCACCGCAACGCAUGGCAGACCCUGCUCCGCACCCUGCACGCCUCACUAUCCCCCUUCCUACACAACUCCACCUUCAUCAUCCAAACCCUUCCCCGCUACAUUCGCUGUCUGUUCCAACUCUCCCUCGACGCAGCAGAGUACCAGCUCGCAGAGUCGAUUCUCGAUCAGUCUCUCAUACUAGUUCAAGAAAGACAUGCUAAAACCGGGAACAAUGACAAUCUGUCACUACCGGGGUAUCCCGAAGAUGAGAUACGAUGGCUAUCAACCGUAGCAUUCAAUAGAGCGGUAGAUUACUACCUUGCUGCUGCGGACGCGGAUUGCCGACGAUGGGCGGGAAAGGCAAUCAACCUUGCUAAUAUGGCAAAAGAUGAUGGUGCACUGGGAAGAUUAUUACGGGGGAAGUUGGAGAUGUUGACUUGA